GACAUAUUCAACGCUGCCGUUGAGACACCAUAGGUCAAUAUGUCGCGCAUGAGCAUGGCUCCGCAGAGGGGCCUAUCCCUCACAGAAGAAUUGGAGAAGCUGGAGCAGUCUAUCACUCUGACAUUGCAAGAAAUCGACCACAAUUUCAGUCGGGCCCAUCGAAUCGUGACGACCAAUAUCCUGCCGAUUGUAGAACAAUACGGAAAGCAUUCUGAAGCUGUCUGGGAAGGCUCAAAGUUCUGGAAGCAAUUCUUUGAAGCCAGUGCCAACGUCUCGCUCUCGGGAUAUGAGGCACCUGAAGAAGAGGGAGAUAUGACAGCGCAAGAGUCUACACAGCAAUCAGAACUGUACGAUGAAACGCAAGAUACAGUAACGGGCACCACUGCAACCCCACCUCGAGCCUCGUCCUCUCAAGCCGACGCACUUGAAGAUACAUCUACUCUCGAUUCGCCGUCUCUAGAACUCGCACACAGUACCCCUCGUGCACCGCCUUCGCAAUAUGAAGGAGGGGAACCAUCCUUUGCCCAAUAUCCCUCCCCGUACGAGGAAUUGAAGAAGUCGAUGGGCAGGUCACGAUCUCCCAGUCGAGACCCCAAAACACCUGGAAAGACUCAUACACUACCGAACAUGGGAGCAGAUUCGUCGCCUUUUGUGGCACCUUCGACAUCUCGACGAUAUGAUGCCGACGCUUGGAAGCAAGAUCCUAUCAUGCAUCAAAUGCUGGACAAGACAUAUCGAGUCAUGGCAACGCCGCACUCUACCUAUACAAAAAGGACGGGCAUGGAAACAGCUACCCCGGGCACGACCCGUGGAGCGACAAGCCGUACGCUUGCUGCAUUUGAAGAUUCUUCUCCUCCCUCGUCUCCCGCACCGCAGCUGCGUGCUGAUAUCUUUUCCUCGCCGUUGAAGGCUCCUCGAACUCCGGGUAUAAGUGUUCAGACACCCGGAAAAGGCAAACAGGCAGAGCCGUUCAGCGUCACACGCACCAAGGGAAUUAUUUUCGAUAGUGACAGCGAAGAUGAGGACGACAAUAUGGGAUUCAGUCCGCCAAAGACGAUGCAUUUCCAUAUUCCGCAAAGCAGACUUCUGCAGACACCAGCCCGUGAAGCCAGUAAACGUAUAGUUGACGAUUUGUUAAUGACAGCUGGAGGCGACAUUACGGAUAGUACUGGUGGAUUGGAGGAGGACAGCCCAAGUGUUGUGCGGCGACAAGUAGAUUUGGAUGACAGCUUUUAGUGCGUGCAUGUAUUGUAAUCAUUGUUAAAUGACCAACGGAGAAGUGCAUGGAGGUUGGAAUGAUACCCAGAGUCUAGAGGACACUAUUAACGAUACAUUUCAC